AUGAUGAUGAUGGGCGGUCGCGCGGGGGCCGGCGGCGUCGGGGCCGGCGGGGGCCGGUGCCCGUUCACGGCGACGCAGUGGCAGGAGCUGGAGCACCAGGCGCUCAUCUACAAGUACAUGGCCUCCGGCGUGCCCAUCCCCUCCGACCUCCUCCUCCCGCUCCGCCGCAGCUUCCUCCUCGACUCCGCCCUCGCCACCUCCCCCUCCCUCGCCUUCCCUCCCCAGGCCGCACUGGGCUGGGGAUGUUUCGGGAUGGGGUUCGGCCGGAAGGCGGAGGACCCGGAGCCGGGGCGGUGCCGGCGGACUGACGGCAAGAAGUGGCGCUGCUCCAAGGAGGCGUACCCGGACUCCAAGUACUGCGAGAAGCACAUGCACCGCGGCAAGAACCGUUCAAGAAAGCCUGUGGAAAUGUCCUUGGCCACGCCCCCGCCGCCGCCUUCCUCCUCGGCCUCCUCCUCCUCCUCCAACGUCCACUCCGCCGUCAACGCCGCCACCACCACCACCUCCCCCGCGCCGUCCUACCACCGCCACGCCGCCGCGACUCACGACACGACGCCCUACCACACGCUCUACGGCGGCCCCUACUCCUCCGCCGGCCGCCAGCAGCACGCCAGCGCCUACCACCACGCCGCGCAGGUCAGCCCGUUCCACCUGCACCUCGACACCACCCACCCGCACCCGCCGCCGUCCUACUACUCCACCAUGGACCACAGCAAGGACAGCUACGCCUACGGGCACAGCGUCAAGGAGGUGCACGGCGGCGGCGAGCACGCCUUCUUCUCCUCCGACGUCACCACUGACAGGGACCACCACCACCACCAACACCACGCCGGCGCCGGCGGCAACGGGCAGUGGCAGUUCAAGCAGCUCGGCGGCAUGGAGCCCAAGCAGCACAACCCCACGUCGCUCUUCCCCGGCUGCGGCGGGUACGGCAACAACGCGGCGUACGCCAUCGACCUGUCCAGCAAAGAAGAGGACGAGGAGAAGGAGAGGCGGCAGCAGCAGCAGCACUGCUUCCUGCUGGGCGCCGACCUGAGGCUCGACAAGCCGUCGUCGGGGCACGGCGACUCCGCCGACCAGAAGCCUCUCCGGCCCUUCUUCGACGAGUGGCCGCACGAGAAGACCGGGAGCAAGGGGUCGUGGAUGGGGCUCGAGGGGGAGACGCAGCUCUCCAUCUCCAUCGCCAACGAACUCCCCAUCACCACCACCUCCCGCUACCACCAUGGUGAAUGA